AUGACGCAGACUCCAGCCACCCAUCCCGCCACCGCCACCACCACGCCGGCGCCUCCUCCCACCGAGGCCGCCGGGCUGUCCGACGCCAUAGCGGCCGCGCUGCCUUCGGACCCGUACGAGCAGCUGGAGGUGGCCCGCAAGAUCACCGCCGUGGCCGUGGCCGCACGCGCCUCCCGCCUGGAGCACGAGGCCGCGCGCCUCCGCCAGAAGCUGGCCGACAAGGACCGCCUCGCCGCCGAGCUCGCCGAGAGGGCCGACGCGCUCGACCGGGCCCUCCGCGACGCCGACGCCCGUCUCUGCGCCGUCCUCGACGACAACGCUAAGCUGGUGAAGGAGAGGGACUCGCUCGCCCAGACGUCCAAGAAGCUGGCCAGGGACCUCGCCAAGCUGGAGACAUUCAAGAGGCACCUAAUGCAGUCGCUGGGGGACGAGAAUUCUUCAAGUCAAGAAACAGUAGACAUCAGAACCUGCGAUGCCAAAGGAAAUUCUUGGAGAGAGGGAUCGGCGAAGAGCGUCUCCACCGCCCGAGCCGACGGAUCUUCCGAAGCCGAAAGCGUGAACCAGGAAGCGGUAGCAAGGCCAUUGGAGCAGAAGCUUACCAUCACGCACAUGACUCCACGCCUGGCCUCCGACCCUGAACCGAAGCUGAGAUCCUCUGCCGCUUCCGCUAGGAGGUACUCCACCGCCGUGUCCCCGAAGCUGACGUCCGGGGCCGUUUCCCCGAGACGUUCGCCGCGACUCGAAGGCCAUAUGGCAAUGUCGGCGUGGAUACCCUCGAGCAAGAUGUCCUCGGCGGCCAAUUCGCCCCCUCGUGGACACUCAAUCUCAGGGCGCACAACAAGAGUAGAUGGCAAGGAGUUCUUUCGUCAAGCAAGGAGUCGUCUCUCGUACGAACAGUUUGCUGCUUUCCUCGCCAACAUCAAGGAGCUCAACGCUCACAGGCAAUCCCAAGUGGAGACCCUCGAGAAAGCGGACCAGAUCUUCGGCGCAGAGAACAAGGACCUCUUCGUGUCAUUUCAGGGCCUGCUUAGCCGUAGCCUCACGUAGCACACCAGUUGCCGCAAUUUUACUACUCUCCAGGCAUUGCAUUGUUCUCCAUCUGCUAGUACAGCUGAUCAUGAACAGAGAACAAGGCAAGUAAUGCAGUGGAGAAAGCUACGGUUAUGUGCACUUUGUAUGCAGAAUAAUCACCUGUCCAAUUGUCCAUGGCAAAAGAAAAGAAUAAUCAUAUGUUGACCAUACGAAAAACU